CAGCCCAUCUUCGAAAAUCAUCUGCUUCACAUCAUAUCCUUCUAAAUUCUGACCUUGACUUCAGCUCAAGAAGAACCCUAAACCAGUUACCGGCAGCAACGAGGAGCAACUAAUCUUCGUCCCCUCCCAGUCCCAACAGCCAUCUUUGUCCGGCUCUCAAGAGAAGAUGAAGGUGGUUGCCGCUUACUUGCUGGCUGUUUUGGGAGGGAACACUACCCCAACUGCUGAUGACUUGAAGCACUUUCUUGGAUCAGUUGGCGCUGAGGCCGAUGAUGGUAGGAUCGAAUUGCUCUUGUCCGAAGUCAACGGAAAAGACAUCACUGAACUGAUUGCAUCUGGAAGAGAGAAGUUGGCAUCGGUGCCUUCCGGCGGUGGUGGUGUUGCUGUAGCAGCUGCUCCUGUUAGUGGCGGAGGUGGCGGCGACGCACCGGCAGCUGAAGCAAAGAAGGAGGAGAAAGUCGAGGAGAAGGAAGAGUCUGAUGAUGACAUGGGCUUCAGUCUCUUUGACUAAGAUAGAGGUAGUGUUUCCAAUGUAUGAAGCCUCAUUCAGUAUGAUUUUGGAUUGUCCUGGAGACUGAAAUAUGGCUUACAAUAACGAUGAUAUAUUUGUGAUCUAUAGAAGUUAUAUUCAAA